CACUCGACUCGCGUGAGUUCACCAAAUCGCGUUUGUACGAACAGCAAUGGCGGACUAUCGAGAGGCGCCCUUGGCCACGCGUCCCAAAACAUUGGACCCCAAAGAGUACUUUAACGUUUCGCCGGAGUACCGACGCGCCGAGGAAGAGCGGGCGGCGCUGCGGGCGAAUUUGAAGAGGCAAUACCAGACGCAACUCAACAACCCGCACAGAAAAGAGCUCAUCGAUGACCCGGCCCUGACACGCUGGGUGUACGCCCGCGUCAACCCUUACAACCACUUCAGACCCACGGCCAAGACGUCGUUGAUGGGCACCAUGUUUGGCAUCGUUCCUCUCUUCGUCCUCUACUUCGUCUUCAAGACAGACAGGGACAGAAAAGAGCAGCGUAUUCAAGACGGGACUCUGGAACGCAAGUUCAGCUUGACGUCGUGAGCUCCAAGACCUCCUGCGUGUGUUCUCUCCUGUCAGUGCGUAUAAUUAUUAACACAAUAAACCUAUGCUGUCACAAAUUGA